ACUAGGUCGUAUAAAAAUCUUUCAGCUCGUAAAAUUGACAAGUGAUAAUAUCGACGUGGGUUUCCGGUUUCAGUAAUCUCUAGAAAGCUCAAUUGGUGGUAAUAAAAUGGUGGUAAAAGCCUACUCUCCCUAAUUUAAAACGGGCCAAAAUGGUGUUCGAGAGCUUGAAGUUCUUCCGGAAGCACACGGUACAUCCAUCGUCAGCAAAGCCGGUAGAAAAGCCGCCGAUACCCAAACAGUCAUGUGGGUCUUGGUGCACUCCCGACUCAACUCCAGCUCAUAACGUGUUAACGCAAACGAAUUCGAAUAUUGAAAGCAAAACUGAAAUUCAAGAAGAUGUACAGAAUAAAGAAAGCUUAAUUGGUCAGCUACAAAAAGUUCGACUGUUCUCGUCUAGUCCACCGCCUGCGUACAAAAUUGACGAUGCUAUCACCGAAGCCGAUACUGAAUUGCAAGAGUUCAAAGCUUCUAAAUCAAGGGACAGCUCUCCUGAAAGUUCACCACCACCAGAGAAAAAAACAGUUGCAGUCAUAGAAACUCCACAAAGUCCUGUACCAAUUUCUCCCUCCCGAGAGGCAAAAUGCAAAGGCCUUUCUAAAUUGUCUGCUUUCUGCGACCCUUUUAUGCCGAUAGAUCCUCAAGGUCGUCGCUACAUAUCCUGGCUGCUCCUGGUAACAUUCUGCUACAGCUACAACGCGUGGUGCGUGGCCCUCCGAGCCACCUUCCCUUACCAGACUCCUGAGAACACACCCUACUGGAUGGUAGCCGACUAUCUGUGUGACAUCGUGUACGUUCUGGAUGUGGCCUUUGUCAAGCCACGGCUCAUGUUUCUUCACGAAGGGUUCUGGGUGGAUGAUCCCACUGAAACGAGGAAGAAUUAUAGGAAGAAGAUGCAGUAUAAGUUUGACGUAAUAUCGCUCCUUCCUCUGGAUAUACUGUACAUCUACUUCGGCACCCAGAAAGUGAUCCUCCGCUUGCCGAGGGUAUUGAAACUUCAGACCUUCUGGGAGUUCCACCAGGCUAUGGAUAGAGUACUGUCCUCGCCGUAUGUUGUACGCAUCGGCAAAACUCUCUUCUACAUCUUCUACUUAAUCCACCUGAACGCCUGCGCAUACUACGCAAUGAGCGACUACAUAGGACUCGGCUCUAACGGCUGGGUGUACGACAACGUCGGAUCCCCUUACAUCCGAUGCUUCUAUUUCGCCACUAAAACUGCAACCUCUAUAGGAAAGAACCCCAAGCCCGAGAAUACUAUAGAGUAUUUGUUCAUGACGGCUGCCUGGUUAAUGGGGGUUUUUGUUUUCGCUCUGCUUAUUGGACAGAUUAGAGAUAUUAUUGCAACUGCGACUAGAGCUAAAACGGAGUAUCGUAAGACACUUGAUGGAAGUAGUCGGUAUCUUCGCCGUUUGAAUAUGCCGGUGACACUGCAGCGUCGAGUCGCAUCAUGGUUCGACUACACGUGGAGUAAACAGCGAUGUUUCGAUGAGCCCAGUAUUUUAAAUUCACUGCCAUUUAAUAUGAAAAGGGAUGUGGCACUCGAAGUUCACAUGUCAACUUUAAGCAAGGUACAACUAUUCCGCGACUGUUCAUCGUCAUUGCUGCGUGACUUAGUGCUGCAACUGCGUCCUGUAUGCUUCCUGCCCGGCGAUGUGGUUGUAAGACGAGGCGACGUCGGUCAUCAGAUGUACAUUAUUUCUUCUGGGGAGUGUUGCGUGAUGUCACAAGAUGAGAAAGAAGUUUUGGCUACCCUACAUGAAGGUUCUGUCUUCGGAGAGAUCAGUCUACUAGGCAUUGAUGGCCUGAGACGUCGAACUGCUACUGUGAGAUCACGAGGCUACGCAGGCUUAUUCGCUCUCUCCCGAGCGGACCUAGAAGCAGCCUUAAAGCACCACAAGCAAGCUGCUCAAGUAUUACGAAUUCGAGCUGAUCAAAUAAUUCGCGAAAACGCAGCCAGGCAGACAAAACAACGCAUGAUGAGAUUAGAAGCUAAGAAAAGCGUUAGUAUUCAUGAAGACGAGUCUAUUGUGAGAAGGAGAUUGUCCAAUACUUCUAGUUCGUCUAAUUUGACGGUGGAGGGUAGACGGCAGAGGUCGGCUAGUGCGAUGUCUAGAAGGAGGCUGUCGGCAGUUUCUGAGAUUGGAGAUCAGGCCCCACCUACUUUAGAAGUGACCUGUGACAGAGCUCGAACCCCACUACCAACGAUUGUACUUUCAGGCGAUUGAGCUAAAAGUGAAAAUAAUCGUUGUUGUUUGUUUAAUCAAUAAAUCCUACUUCAUAAGCCAAGGAGAGCAGAGUAAGACAUGACUUAGAAAAGUGCAAUUAACUCGAGGAAGGAACCAACAUUUGGUAACUGAGUACAGGAAGUGAGAAUUAAAGAAUGAAUUCUUUAUAUAUCUACCUAUACAUACAUAUGUAGUAAAUCACAUUGUAUUGAUAUAGUCUCCUAUAGUUUGAAGUAUAGAUUGCUACAUUUUGUACAUAUAAUAAUAUAUUGUGGUCUAAAAUAUAUUAAUCUUAAAUGUUUAUGAAAAAGAAAAAUAAGAUGCUUCCCUAUUUCCUCUUGACAGAACUUCAUUUUAUAUUACACUACUACGAAAUAUAGCCCUUUUCAUGUGAUUAAUGUCAAAAAUUGAUACCAAAUAUUGAUGUGUUAUAUAAAAUAAGCUCAAUUUGUACACUUGUAGAA